CUAAAACAAAAGGGCAGCAGCAGCAGCAAGGGCGGCUAUUUGGUUCCUCUUCCAAGAUCGCUCCUAAAAGGGAUUUUUCUGACUGUAUCACAGAAGGAGAAGACGCCUUCUCGAUAGAAGGUUUGGAAGAGUGGCGAUUUUGCAGGCAGGCGCUGAACUUUAUCAGGCUUUGUGCUGGUAUAGGCGCCCUUCAGUAUAAGGAUGGAUCAGCUGCUCCGGGCCACUGGAAAGGUGGCUCGGAGUCGGUUCCCACGCGAAGCUGUCCUGAGGGCACUAGGGGUGGGCGCAGAACAGACCCCUAGAACUGGAUGCAGAUCUUUUUCUGCCACCACGCCUCCGACUCCACCCGCUGAAGUGAACAAGGAUAAGGCAGUUGGUUCCACGGCAGAGGCAAAGAAAGAUGGGACCGCGCCUCCUCCGCCCCCGCCGCCCCCUCCAGAGAAGACUUCGUUUGGGGGCCUGAAAGAUGAGGACCGCAUCUUCACCAACCUGUAUGGUUUGCACGAUCCCUACCUCAAGGGGGCCAUGAAGCGGGGUGACUGGCACCAGACCAAGGAGCUAGUUCUCAAGGGCCCGGACUGGAUCGUCGGCGAGAUCAAGAAGUCUGGUCUGCGAGGACGCGGCGGCGCUGGCUUCCCCUCUGGCCUCAAGUGGUCCUUCAUGCCCAAGGCGUCAGACGGGAGGCCGUCUUACUUGGUGGUCAACGCAGAUGAGUCUGAGCCUGGGACCUGCAAGGACAGAGAGAUCAUGCGCCACGAUCCUCACAAGCUCCUGGAGGGGUGCCUUAUUGCGGGAACGGCCAUGAGGGCACGCGCGGCGUACAUCUACAUCCGGGGGGAGUACGUGAAUGAGCGGCUGGCACUGGAGAAGGCGAGGCAGGAGGCCUACAAAGCAGGCCUGCUCGGCAACAAUGCAGCCGGCAGUGGCAAGGACUUUGACGUGUACAUCCACUUUGGCGCGGGCGCCUACAUCUGCGGCGAGGAGACCGCGCUCCUGGAGUCGCUCGAGGGCAAGCAGGGCAAGCCGCGCCUGAAGCCCCCCUUCCCCGCCAACGUCGGCCUCUACGGCUGCCCGUCCACCGUAACCAACGUGGAAACGGUUGCGGUGGCCCCGACCAUCCUGCGCCGUGGGCCCGAGUGGUUCUCCAGCUUCGGGCGCAAGAACAACUCGGGCACGAAGCUGUUCUGCAUCUCGGGCCACGUGAACAAGCCGUGCACCGUCGAGGAGGAGAUGAGCAUCCCGCUCAAGGAGCUGAUCGAGCGGCACGCGGGCGGGGUGCGGGGCGGGUGGGACAACCUGCUGGCCAUCAUUCCGGGGGGGUCGUCCGUUCCGUUGCUGCCGAAGAAGGUGUGUGACGACAUCAUGAUGGACUUUGACGCGCUCAAGGCGGUGCAGUCGGGGCUCGGGACGGCGGCGGUGAUUGUGAUGGACAAGAGCACGGACGUGGUCGACGCGAUCGCGCGGCUGGCGUACUUCUACAAGCACGAGAGCUGCGGGCAGUGCACGCCGUGCCGCGAGGGGACGGGCUGGCUGUGGAGCAUCCUGGAGAGGAUGAAGGUGGGCGAUGCCAAGCUGGAGGAGAUCGACAUGUUGCAGGAGAUUACGAAGCAGAUUGAGGGCCACACUAUUUGCGCUCUUGGCGACGCGGCUGCUUGGCCCGUCCAGGGUUUGAUCAGGCACUUCCGACCCGAGCUGGAGCGCAGGAUUUUGGACCGUGCUGCGCGCGAGAGGGAGGAGGAGCCGGAAGAGAGGUUGGCGGUGGCAUAAUGCAUCCAGGCAAUACAUAGCAGCAAAACGAAGGUCCAAAUAUUGUCGAAUAUCAGAAGGGAGGUACGCUGGUGGUAUGACAGGGGUGAUUGUUCGGCUGGAGAGGUACUAAAUGUCAACCAUCGUGCGAUCACGGACCUUUUCAAAGCAGAACCGGUUUAGUCAGCUUGGGGUGCUUGUACGGGGAACCCUUCUACCAAUGCCACGCAUGUUGCUUCACUAGUUCCCUUACCGCAGGCCAAACAUACAUUUUGUGAAGUUUCAAGCUUCCCCAGUCGAUCCAAAUAUGUCAGUCGAUUCUUGAGCCACAUGGUCAACCUAAGGCUCCAGGCUUUCGUACCCGACCAGUUGGACCCAACUUGGCGACUGAGCUUGUAGUCUGAGGCUCAAGAAAGCAAAAAAUGCUGGACUGCAAACGGCCAGAUGCACAUGCUCGGAGGGAAGUUUGUAUUGUAUGCAUG